CCUCACCCACACAUUACGCAUACACAUAUCCUGUUUCUUUGGUCCGUCGCAUAUACCCAAUCGUCACUGCAAGUUCUGGUGAGCAAACAAACACUCUAGACACACUUCAUCUAUCCCCUCCCGCUUCAUUCUCGCUCUGAGCCCAUUUUUCCCCUUUAGCCCGCGUCAUGGCACCGCCUCGGAGCGGCAGUGGCGGCGGUAGUGGCUUUCGCUCUGGCAACAAGACCUUCGGCCUGACGUCCGGUAGCAACACCCGCUCCAGAGGUACUUUCAAGCGUCGCGGCGGCGGUCCCUCUCGGUCAGGAGGGCCUUCCAACAGCAGAGAUGGACCCGCAGGCGCCCCUGGCUCGCACCGGGAGGCCGUGGCAGCGGCUGGAGCAUCCCUCAUGAAGGGUCAGGCUGAUGGUACAUCAGCCGAGGAACGCUUCCAGCAGACUGCAAUGAAAGAUGAGAUCGAUGCCAAGCUCGGCUUUGAUCGUCUUGAGGCUGGUCCCAGUCGUGAAGCCUGGCUGGUAAACAUGCAUCCCACGCUCCUACCGCCCAACCCAGCUGACGAAGGUGGUGGCCACCCUACCGGCAAGUCCGCGGUUGACUUCUAUUUCAUCGAGGACGACGCCUCUUCUUUCAAGGUCACAGUCCAGUACUGUCCAUACAUCCUCCUCGGUACCAGGCCGGGUACGGAGUCGUUGGUGGAAGAGUGGCUCAAGCGCAAGUUCGAAGGUCUCAUCCUCUCCUUCAGCCGCGAACGUAAAGAAGAUCUGAAGCUCCCAAAUCAUCUCAUUGGCAACAACCGCAUCUUACUGCGACUGAACUUCUGGAACAUUCAAGAUCUGCUGGCAGUGAGAAUGGAGCUGCUGCCUUUGGCUCAGAAGUUCCAGAAGAGGCGUGAUGCUGUGGAUACCUACGCCGACACGCUAGCCGAUGCUGAUGCCAACGGUGGAGCAAGUCUCGAUGUCGAGAUGGAGCAAGCCGAAGUCGAAGCAUUGGGUUUCAGUCGAGAUCAAGAGCGAGGCUGGGGAGGUAGCGGUGGCAACGGCAAGGGCGGCAAGGGCAAAGGAGGAGGCACCAAACUCGAUCCCGAAGAUUGCAUCGCUGAUUUGAGGGAGUACGACGUCCCCUACUACCUCCGCGUUGCCAUUGACAACGACAUUCGAGUCGGUCACUGGUACACUGUCACCUUCGACGCAGGCACAAUCAGCCUACAGAGCGUCCCAACACGAGUCAAGCGAGCUGAGCCGACAGUCCUUGCCUUUGAUAUCGAAACGACCAAGCAGCCCCUCAAGUUCCCAGACGCCGAAACAGAUGUGAUCAUGAUGAUUUCGUACAUGAUUGACGGUCAAGGUUUCCUGAUCACAAAUCGAGAGAUCGUCUCCGAGGACAUUGAUGACUUUGAGUAUACGCCGAAAGAAGAGUACGAAGGCCCUUUCAUCAUCUUCAAUGAGCCGGACGAGAUGGGCGUGCUGCAAAGGUUCUUCUCACAUUACCGGGAAGCAAAGCCGACAGUCGUCGCCACCUACAACGGUGACUCUUUCGACUUUCCCUUCAUCGAUGCUCGUGCCACCUUCCAUGGUUUGAGUCUGAUGGAUGAGAUCGGCUUUGGGCUCGAUAUGGAGAACGAGUACAAAAGCCGAACAGCUGCCCACAUGGACUGUUUUCGAUGGGUCAAGCGAGACUCGUACCUUCCUCAAGGAAGUCAAGGCCUGAAGGCGGUCACUGUGGCAAAGCUCGGAUACAACCCCAUGGAGCUGGACCCGGAGCUCAUGACACCCUAUGCCAUGGAACAGCCUCAGACUUUGGCGCAGUACUCCGUCUCUGACGCUGUUGCAACGUACUAUCUGUACAUGAAGUACGUCCAUCCCUUCAUCUUCUCUCUCUGCAACAUCAUUCCUCUGAAUCCCGAUGAGGUCCUAAGGAAGGGAAGUGGUACCCUGUGCGAGACGUUGCUAAUGGUCCAGGCCUACAAGGGCAACAUUGUCAUGCCCAAUCGUCACACGGAUCCUGUCGGCAGUACAUAUGAAGGCCAUCUUCUCGAGUCAGAGACUUACGUUGGAGGUCACGUCGAAGCUCUCGAAGCCGGCGUCUUUCGGAGUGACAUUCCUACGGAUUUCAAGCUCGAUCCUGCUGCUCUUCAGCAACUCAUCGACGACCUCGAUGCAGCACUUCAAUUCAGCAUUCGCGAGGAGGGCAAGUUGAAGCUUGAAGACAUCGAGAACUACGAUGAGGUCAAAGCAGAGAUUGAGGCAAUGCUUGUGCAAUUGCGAGACCGCCCUCUGAGGAAAGACUCGCCCCUCAUCUACCACUUGGAUGUGGCAGCGAUGUACCCCAACAUCAUGUUGUCAAAUCGGCUACAACCUGACUCGGUGGUCGAUGAGGCCAUGUGCGCCACUUGCGACUACAAUCGACCUGGCAUGAAGUGCGACAAGAAGAUGACCUGGGCUUGGAGGGGAGAGUACUUCCCUGCUAAGCGAGACGAGGUCAAUAUGAUUCGUAAUGCACUGUCGGGCGAGACGUUCCCUGCAAAGAAUGCCUACGGGCCGCGGAGGACCUACCAUGACCUCGGUGAAGCGGAGAGGACUGCUCUGCUGCACAAGCGACUCGGAGACUACAGUCGCAAAGUCUACCGAAAGAACCACGAGACAAAGACUGUCAUCCGAGAGUCCACUAUCUGUCAAAGGGAGAACCCCUUCUACAUCGACACUGUCAGAGAUUUCCGAGAUCGUCGGUACGAGUACAAAGGCCUGCACAAGACCUGGAAAAAGAAUCUCGACUCUGCGUCCUCUAGCGGCAGCUUGACAGAAGUCGUCGAAGCCAAGAAGAUGAUCGUCCUGUACGACUCGCUGCAACUUGCCCACAAGUGUAUUCUGAACUCCUUCUACGGCUACGUCAUGAGGAAGGGAGCUCGCUGGUACUCGAUGGAGAUGGCCGGCAUCACUUGUCUGACCGGAGCCUCCAUCAUCCAGAUGGCGAAAGAGCUGGUCGACCGCAUCGGACGCCCUCUGGAGCUGGACACUGAUGGUAUCUGGUGCAUGCUUCCCGGUACCUUCCCUGAGAACUUCAGCUUCAAGUGCAAGAACGGGAAGAAGUACGGGAUCAGCUAUCCCUGCACCAUGCUGAACCACCUUGUUCACGCUAAGUUCACAAAUCAUCAGUACCACACUUUGGACAAGGACACUGGAGCCUACGCUGUGCAUAGCGAGAACUCCAUCUUCUUUGAGCUCGACGGACCUUACCGAGCGAUGAUCUUGCCUUCAAGUAAAGAGGAGGACAAGCUGCUGAAGAAGCGGUACGCCGUCUUUGAACACGACGGCUCGUUGGCAGAGCUCAAAGGUUUCGAGGUCAAGCGCCGAGGAGAGCUGCAAUUGAUCAAGGACUUCCAGAAGCAGAUCUUCGAGAAGUUCCUGCUGGGUGAGACUUUGGUCGAAUGCUACGCUGCUGUAGCCAAGGUCGCCGACCAAUGGUUGGACAUCCUCUACGACAAGGGAUCUACCCUUCACGAUGUGGAGCUCAUCGAUCUCAUUGCCGAGAACAAGAGCAUGUCCAAGAUGUUGUCAGAAUAUGGCAACCAGAAGUCUACGGCCAUCACCACUGCCAAGCGUCUGGCAGAGUUCCUGGGAGCACAAAUGGUCAAGGACAAGGGCCUGGCGUGUAAGUUUAUCAUUUCGGCGAAGCCUCAUGGCGCUCCUGUCACCGAGAGGGCGGUGCCAGUUGCCAUCUUCAACGCGGAAGAGAGCGUCAAGCAGCACUACCUCCGCCGCUUCUUGAAGGACAACAGCAUCACGGACUUUGACUUGCGCUCCAUUCUUGAUUGGGGCUACUACAUUGAGCGGUUCGGUAGCGUCAUUCAGAAGCUCAUCACCAUUCCUGCCGCAAUGCAGAAGGUUCCCAACCCUGUGCCUCGAAUUCGACACCCUGACUGGCUUUUCAAGCGAGUGGCUGCCAGGGAGGACAAGUACAAGCAGAGGACGCUGACAGACGCCUUCAAGAAUGUCAAGGCUCCGGCAAUCACCGCGGACAUGGAGGACUUCGGAGACAUGGCAAAAGCUAAAGCAGUCGCACUGGCUGCAAAGCAAGCAGCCAAGGCAGCCAAAGCUGCUCCUCCCCCUCUGCCGAAGAUCCCGGACAUCAAUGCAGACUAUCGAGGUUGGGUAGCAGCAAUGAAGCCUCGAUGGAAGCUGGCAAGAGUGGCCAAGGCCUCUGGCGGUGUUGGCCCCGACGGGCGGAUGCUAGCAUCGCGAGGCGGUACAAGGGGAGGUCUGAUGACUUCACACUUGUCAAGGAGGACUGCAAACAUGGCCACUGCUACAUGGGACGUUGUGCAGAUCACUCCUGCCAGUCGCGCGGGCGAGUACCGCAUGUGGAUAUCGAUCGCUGGACAUCUUCAAGCCGUUAAGCUGCGCAUCCCGCGCCAGUUCUACCUCAAUCUGCGGACUGCUCCAAAGCCUGGAAUGUUCCAAGAGGGGUACCUCGUGGAGAAGACGACCAAGACGCUCCCUCGCGGUACUGCUUGCAAGCAUCUCUACCGCGUGACCGUGGCCGAAGACGUCUUCCGCGAGGAAGAAGCUCACUUCUCCUCUCUGCUUAACCACCCGAUAGUCGACGGUGUGUACGAGAAGCAUCUGCCUCUGGAUGUGAGAGCUUUGAUCAAGCUCGGCUCGACAUGUGGAAUGGACGCUCGCAGUCAGAACAAGCUCAGUCGUGCUCUUGACGCUGGCUUUGAGCUCGAAGACUUGGUCAAGACGUCGUACUCGCCCAUGUCGAAGCAAGUCUAUCUCAAUCGAGGGCAAGGGAUCCGUUACUUCUACUUGUACCAUGCUCAGCUAGAUGGACGUCACGUGCUAGGACUCUUUUCGCCCGAGGGGCAGAUGCGUCUUCACAUUGUUGACUCUGCUGGUCUGCGACAAGUGCCCAAUUUGAGCACCCUAUAUGCAGACCGCGUAGCCACAAAGAAGAGGCGAGGAGCCUUACAAGACGGCGAGGGAGUCUUCGACUACGAGGACGGUCUCGACUUCGACUUCAGAGUUCACACCACUCCUCAGCGGGCUUUCCGUGCUCUAGCUCGUGACCUUACCGCUUUGCGCACAGCAAAGCAAGGAUCAGCCUUGCUCACUAUCAGCUCUUCGCAGCCUCAGGAGUACUAUGAGAUCAAUCUGGGCAGCGUCAUGGCUGAAUUUCCAGUCUUGAUGUUCCCCUCUGUCAAGGCAGAGAACGAUCUGCCUGCCUUGGGGUGGCAGCUGUACAGUGUUCGCCGGAUGAUCGCGUCCUACUUCAGAAUCUCGACUAUGAUCAAGCGACGAAUUGAAGUUGCGGCGUACUUCGACUUGCCGCUGAGCAAUUUGGAAGUCGACUUUGCUGUUCUGGCGGCCGAUGUCGACUUUGCUAGACGGUUGACAGCGCAGGACAUGGUGUUGUGGUGGUCAAGUGCCCCCGCACCAGAUCUGGGCGGCAGAGAGCAGGACAACAACAAUGCUGGACAGCCUAUCGAAGAGGUAGAGAACCUCGAGAUGUCCAAGCCUGGCUGUUACUCUAAUGUCGUCUUCGAAGUCAAUCUCCGUGAUCUCGCCAUCAACUCGGUGUUGCAAUCGGGAGCGGUCAACAACAUUGAAGGCAACGGUGCAGGGUCGAUGGCCUUCGACAAUGCCUCUCACAAUCUAGACGAGUAUAGCAAAGGAACAGUCCACUCAUCGGUAUCCUUUGGCGAUUCCACGCUCACCAGCCAAGUCUUCGGUGUGGUGAAGAGUAUGGUCAAGUCGUGGUACGUUGCAAAGGUACGAGGCAGGUCGACGGACAGCCCCCUGCUGGCAGACAACUUUUGGAGAUGGGCUUCGAGCAAUCGAAGUGCCAUGUUCGAACCUGCGAUGCAAAAGUACCUGCACGGUCUGGUCCGUAAGACUCUUCUCCAAUUGCUCGGCGAGUUCAAGCGCUUAGGCUCAACAAUCGUCUACGCUAGUGUCAACCGUCUGUACCUGCUAACCAACAAGCCAACGGCGGGCAGUGCAGCUGCCUACGGUCGUUACCUCAUGUCUGCCGUCACGAGUCGAGACCUUUUCAAGUUUAUAGAUUUGGAGAUUGUACACUUCUGGGAGCAACUCCUUUGGAUGGACUAUGCCAACUUCGGAGGCGUCUAUGCCGCCGAUCCCGAAGCUGAGGUGCCCAGCGAAGACUUUACCGUCGAGGCGAAUUGGAAUAUUCAGACUUUCCUGCCUCCAGCGACACAGACGCGCUUUGCGAACAUUGUGGGGAGGUUCAUCCGCUCGCUAUACGAACACAAGCUGAAGCAUGUGCAUGUCGUGGGCAGGACACCGCUCAGGGCCAUCCAGUCCGCUCUGAACGCCCAAGAUGUCACCACAAAUGGGGAAGCUGGUGCAGAAGAGGUGGAAGCGGAUCUCACCCUCGAGAAGACGUCUCCAGAGGAAGUCAAGUUCAUGCGCGAAUUCCUGAAGCGACAAGUGACUCGCUGGUUGCUCAAGACGACAAAGGAGAUUCAAGAACAGCAUCACGCCGCCCUCUCUGACCGUGACGAUCCCUCAGCCCUCGAAGAGUGGAGCUUCCCCAAUCUCCCCGGUCGCAUCGUCCCACCACCAGCCAUCGCACGCGCCAUGACACCCGCCUUGGAAUUCGUCAAGUCAGUCGUGGCCGUCUUGAACCUCUCGCCAGCAAUUGGGGAAGAAGUACACGUGCUACGUCGCAACUUGCUCAGCAUGCUCUCCGUUGGCGCUUUCUCCAAAGAGGCCGAAUGGCGCCAGCCCUGUGAGCCAUUCAAGCUUCCGCUAGUCAUCUGCUCUUACUGCUCCGAGGAACGCACACUGGACUUGUGUCGUGAUCCAGACUUACUAGAGGGACAAUGGCGCUGUGGAGGCUGUGCCAAUCCUCUGAAUAGGGAUCACAUCGAGUCCCGUCUGGUAUCGAUUGCCUACUCGUACCUUUCUAGCUUCACUCUUCAAGACUUGAGAUGUACAAAGUGUGGAGGGGUACGACAGACGGAUCUGGCAACGCACUGUGAGGCUUGCUCUGGAGAGUGGGGAUUGACUGUCAGUAGGGUGGAGACGGUGAGGAAGUUGAGGAAUAUGGAGAGUAUCGCCGGAUUCCAUGGGUUGGGGAUGCUUCAGUCUGCUGUCAAGGGCAUUCUGAGCGGCGUGUAGGCGAAGUCCGUCGUUGUGGCGUGGGAAGUAGGCGUCGUUAUACACUCUCUAGGGUGUCAGUCUCGUGUUCUUUGCAUUGUAUAGCUCCUUGUGUUCUCAUUCUUUUCUCACGUCUCUUGCAUACAAGCAAUGUCAUCAUCGUCACAAACAC